AACCAUUGGGGGCUGGGGUGACCAGGGUGGGAACGUUUGCUGCCCAUCAGGUGACUACCACGCUGGCCCGGUCCCCGCUGGCUAGAAGUCGGCCAUUGCCCCACCAGUCUUUGUAUUUCAGAAGGAUAAAGGACAGAAGCCCUCCGCAGAGCAAAAAGGCAUGUCGGAUUCGGGAGAGGACCCUCAGGGAGAGGCUGAGUCUCCCCACCAUGGUAUGGGUCAUACAGAAUCAGCUAGUGCGCAUGCCUUAGAGCUUUCUGCUACCGCUAUUGCCUCCACCAGCGCUUCUCCGCUUCCCACUCCUGAAGCCCGGGCUACUCCUAUCCAACAAGAACUGGCAAGGAGGUCAGCUGAUGGUUCAAGUCCUGAAGCUGGAGAUUCUGACCAUGAAGAUGGAAAUUACUGUCCUCCUGUAAAGCGUGAAAGGACUUCAUCAUUAACCCAGUUUCCUCCUUCAUAUCCAGUAACAAAAAAAAAUGUUUUUAUGCCAUCGACCCUCUGCGAGCUAUCUGCAGGCAAUUCAGACUCAGAACCAGAAGAAAGGAGCAGCGGAUUUCGACUGAAGCCUCCAACACUUAUCCAUGGUCAGGCGCCCAGUGCUGGUCUCCCAAGCCAGAAACCUAAGGAGCAACAGAGGAGUGUGCUGCGCCCUGCAGUAUUACAAGCCCCACAGCCAAAGGCUCUCUCACAGACAGUUCCAAGUAGUGGCACCAAUGGUGUUAAUGUAUCAUCAGAACCUGCUGGGGCAGCCACAUCUGAAUCACUAAAUAAUACCGCAAUGAGAAGUCCCUCUGACUCUAAUGACAAGUUGGGAAGUGAAAAUAAUGAAACAGCUGAUAUUCAGAAUGCUGGUCAUCUGAGUACAGAAACACCAUCUGCAACCAAUUAUUUCCUACAGUACAUCAGUCCCAGUUUAGAGAAUUCAACAAACAAUGCUGAUGCCUCCAGCAAUAAAUUUGUCUUUGGACAGAACAUGAGUGAGAGGGUGUUGAGUCCACCAAAAUUAAGCGAAGCUAAUACUGAUGCCAACAAGGAAAAUGCUGCUACUGAAUCAGUGUCUGAGUCAUCUUCACAGGAAUCUACUCUUGAUAAAGCUAAUAAUAUUUCAGAAUCACUGGCAGAAUCCGCGGCAGCCUACACCAAGGCAACAGCGAGGAAAUGCCUCCUGGAAAAGGUGGAAGUUAUCACCGGGGAGGAGGCCGAGAGUAAUGUACUUCAGAUUCAGUGCAAAUUGUUUGUCUUCGACAAGAACUCACAGUCGUGGGUGGAAAGAGGGAGAGGUCUUUUAAGACUCAAUGACAUGGCAUCAACAGACGAUGGGACAUUACAAUCUCGAUUAGUAAUGCGAACCCAAGGAAGUCUUAGGUUAAUCCUCAACACCAAACUGUGGGCCCAAAUGCAGAUCGACAAAGCCAGUGAAAAGAGCAUCCGAAUCACAGCCAUGGAUACCGAAGAUCAGGGGGUCAAGGUUUUCCUGAUAUCGGCAAGCUCCAAAGAUACGGGGCAGCUGUACGCGGCCCUGCACCAUCGGAUCCUGGCUUUGCGGAGUCGAGCGGAACAGGAGCAAGAAACCAAGAUACUUGCCCCGGGCCCCGAGGUCACCCAGUCAAACGAAGAAGACAGUGACGACGACGAUGUUCUGGCUCCUUCGGGAUCCACUGGAGGAGAUCCUAGUGAUGAAGGCGACGGUGAGCCUACAGGAAGCACAUAGCAACCGUGAGCCCGUUGCUUGCAAAGGCUGCGGCCUCCUCAUCUUGCGGGCGCCUCUGUUGACAUCCCAGGCAGUGUUGAAGGCACCCGGACUUUGGAAUCAUGUAUCCCUUUUCUGUAUGUUUGGUUUUUUGUUUGGAUCGGUGGAUUCCACAAAAAGCAGACUUGGUAAACUGCCUGAAUGUGGUUUAGGACAUGAAAGCUCAUCAUAUUGAUGAGCUGAAAACUAACAUUUUUCCCUGUCUUCUUUUUAAUUGAAACGGCACAUUACUACUUGUCACAACUUUUCAUUGGGACCUCUAUGGCUUUUUUCCUUCAGUAGAUCAUGGGUCUCAGGCCUCUAGGACGUAGCUUUUCCAGCAUGAUUCCCAUUAUACAUUUUCUUUCUGACUUCCAUUUUUUAAUUCCUGCUGGGAAGUUUGAGGUCUAUGCUCUCCCAUUUAGUCUUCAGGGUUUCAUUUUCAUUGGACAGCAAAUUGAGCAGUUAGCAUCGCCCACCUUCUCACAUGGAGGGAUCUUGUGUGGUGGGUCUGUUGGUGAGGAAAAAAAAAUACUGACUCAAUUCAAGGAAUUGCUCUUGAGUUAAUAGGAAACUUUAAAAAGUACAUUGGAUAGUUGGAUAUUCUACUGAUUCCUUCUCCCAUUCGCAGUCUGAUUAUGGGUAUAUUGUGCCGGUCCUUCUCUCUCCUACCCCCGACCCCCCAGCCCUUUUUUUAAAAAAGUUUUGUUUUUGGUUUUUUGUUUUGGGGUUUUUUUUUUUUUUCAAAGUUUUGAAGAAUAAGAUGCUCUUGUGUGUUGAGAAAUUGAAACUCUAUGUUUUGUACUGGUCUGUUAAUAUUUAAGGGAGAGCUAAGCCACUAUAUAUAAUAGGUGUUACAGACAGUUUUCUUAGUAAACCUUUGUUCUUCUGGCUAUGAUAAAGCAUAUAAUUACGUAAAGGUUACACAUUGAAACCAGAUGCUUGACCCCUGGAGAUCGCAGGGUUCUGUGGUGAACAGGACAAGCCAUUUGGACCAGCAUCUAUUGGGUCUUUUUUUUUAGGAGCUCAGACUUAAUAAUAAUAAUAAUAAUACCCUCGACUAGUCCACGUCCUCCUCUCCCUCCCAUUGAAAGUUCUGAAGCAUGAAGAACGUGAUGCUAUCAGCGCGCACUGGUGGGUGCUGAAAAAUGUUGACUCUUACUUUGCCAAUGUACAGAGCAAAACGCUUUUCCAAGCAAUUUUGAGGGUUAGCUGCACUGACCCGGCUUGGAAUUUUUGCUUCAUUUUUAAAACUUGGACUCUGGAAGCCUCGUUGCUUUAACACUGCUCACUACAAAGGCAGAAUUCAGUCAGCCUCUGAGAGAGAGCUCAAAGAGCCUGUUUCCACGAGAAAGAGCUCCGUAUUGCUUCAGGUGGCUGCGGAGCCACCUGUUUUAAGUGCUGGUAAUCAUGGUUUUAACUCUUUUAGCACAGCAGAAUCAUCGAAUGUGUCUGAUUCAAGUUCUUAUGAAGCACCGUGACUAAGAAACGCCACAAGUUCCUCUGUAGUCCUACCUUUGCAAAUGCGAACGUGCACCCCAAGACCCCACAGUUCUCUUGAUAUUGUGACUGCUGUUCAUCGUUCUGCCGUUCCUGGACAUCUGAACGAUCUGCUUCCACAACGUUAGUCGUGGAGCAAGCACUGCCGAGAACUCCCUUUCUUAAGGGUAGAGAGAGGGGCUGAAGAUUAAGCCGCACCAUCAGAUCUGUGUGAUUUCUCUGCCGUCUGCUUCCCAAACAGCCUCCGUCUCUCACACGCUCGUUCCUCUCCAUGAACUUCAUUUUUAUACGCCCACCCCCCCCACCCGCCACCCCCAGAGUGGGCUCUCUGGCACGCCUAUCAUCUGGUUUCCUUGGCCGCGAUCUGGCUUUAUCACAGUCCUCUGGGCUUGUCUCUUUGCUGCCCUCUUUUUCUUGGCAUGAAAUUUAAACUUUUAAACGCAGAUAUUGUAAAAUCCAUUGAAACUCACUUCAGGUGGUGAGUUGACAGCUUUGGAGUUGGAGAAAACAGCGAUGAGAGUCUUUUAGCGAGUAUGAAAAUGAAUUUCCUAUUAGUUUUCUGGGGUUUGACUGGGGUUGUUUCUGCCUUUGUUUGACAUGGAUUAGACAGAGGCACAUUGAGCCAGGAGAGAAUGCUUAAUAAGCAUGUUCAUCUUCAGGAAAUUUUAGUAUAUGCACAACCGCCAUUGAUCAAAUGAAUUCAAAUUUGUCAGCAGCCUGCCGACAUAUGAUUUUUAUUUUUAUUUUUUAAUCCAGAAGUCUUGCAUAUAUUAUGUAGCGUGAGUGGGAGCCUAUUUCGUUUUUACCCAAGAUAUUCCAGGCUAUAAAAUUUAAUUGGGCCAGAAAUUAAUUUUAAGCCCCACCUGGUGAGAUGUAGUUAGGCCAGAGCUGAACCUUGUUACACUUUCUGCUUUCAGCCUUAGUAGCCUAGUGACAAGUAAAACAGAUAAUGCCCAUGUGUUUUGAAAGGAUUAUGUAAGAUUGUCAUAUCAAAUGUAUUUGGGAAUUACAUUAAAACUUUUAACAAAAACAAA